GAUGUCAGCCUGCGGGGAGCCCCGGCGUGGCCAAUGGCGCUGCGGGGCCGGGCCAGCGGCAGCGGCGGGGGCGGUGGCGGCGGCGAUAGCGGCGAGAGCACGGAGCCCAUUCAUGAUCCAGCGAACGGGGCCGGUGGCGAGCAGAGCGGAGCCGGUGCCCUGUAAAGCGGCGCCGGUACCGCCGGCAUGGAGACAUCGGGGCAUCUCCACGAUUCGGGCGUGGGGGACUUGGAGGAGGAUGGUCGGUGUCCCUGCCCGUUACCGGGGGAUGAACGGUCACCGCCGCCGCCCUCCGCGCUGCCGCCGCUCCAGCACAGCCUGUUGCACUCCUCGCCCGGGUCGCUACGGGCCCCUCCUCCUCCUCCCGCCGCCCCCGCCGCCCUCCACCCUUCCUCCCGCCACGGCAGCCAGCUCAACCUCGGCGACCACCCAGCGGGCUCUGGCGUGGCGAGCAGCAAGCACCGGCAGCCCAGCCCUCUGGUUCACCGGCGGGACAGCAACCCCUUCACCGAGAUCGCCAUGAGCUCCUGCAAGUACAGCGGCGGCGUGAUGAAGCCCCUCAGCCGGCUCAGCGCAUCCCGGCGGAACCUCAUCGAGGCCGAGCCGGAGGCGCAGCCCCUGCAGCUCUUCGGUGCCGGCGAGCCCCCCGAAAUCGUGGUCUCACGCGAGGACAACCACGCGCCCACCGCCCACCGUCCCGCCCGGCCGGCCGCCCGGCCGGCCCCCACCACCUUUGCCAAGGGGCCCAAGCGCAAGGCACAGAACAUCGGCUACCGGCUCGGGCACCGCCGGGCGCUCUUCGAGAAGAGGAAGCGCCUCAGCGACUACGCGCUCAUCUUCGGCAUGUUCGGCAUCGUCGUCAUGGUCAUUGAGACCGAGCUCUCCUGGGGGCUCUACUCCAAGGACUCCAUGUUCUCCCUGGCCCUGAAAUGCCUUAUAAGCCUCUCCACCGUCAUCCUGCUGGGCCUCAUCAUCGCCUACCACACCCGGGAGGUGCAGCUCUUUGUGAUCGACAAUGGAGCUGACGACUGGCGGAUAGCGAUGACGUACGAGCGCAUCCUCUACAUCAGCCUGGAGAUGCUGGUCUGUGCCAUACACCCCAUCCCCGGGGAGUACAAAUUUUUCUGGACAGCUCGCCUGGCUUUCUCCUACACACCAUCUCGGGCAGAGGCUGAUGUGGACAUCAUCCUGUCCAUCCCCAUGUUCCUGCGCCUCUACCUGAUCGCUCGGGUGAUGCUGCUGCACAGCAAGCUCUUCACCGACGCCUCCUCGCGCAGCAUCGGGGCGCUCAACAAGAUCAACUUCAACACCCGCUUCGUCAUGAAGACCCUCAUGACCAUCUGCCCUGGGACGGUGCUGCUGGUGUUCAGCAUUUCCCUCUGGAUCAUCGCUGCGUGGACAGUCCGCGUGUGUGAGAGGUACCACGACCAGCAGGAUGUAACCAGCAACUUCCUGGGUGCUAUGUGGCUCAUCUCCAUCACCUUCCUCUCCAUCGGCUACGGGGACAUGGUCCCACACACCUACUGUGGGAAGGGAGUGUGCCUGCUCACUGGCAUCAUGGGCGCUGGAUGUACAGCACUGGUGGUGGCUGUGGUGGCCAGGAAGCUGGAGCUCACCAAAGCUGAGAAGCAUGUCCACAACUUCAUGAUGGACACGCAGCUGACGAAGCGGAUCAAGAACGCGGCAGCCAACGUCCUGCGGGAAACGUGGCUGAUCUACAAACACACCAAGCUGCUGAAGAAGAUCGACCAUGCUAAAGUCAGAAAGCACCAGAGGAAGUUCCUACAAGCCAUCCACCAGUUACGGAGCGUGAAGAUGGAGCAGAGGAAGCUGAGUGACCAAGCCAACACCCUUGUCGACCUCUCAAAGAUGCAGAACGUGAUGUACGACCUCAUCACAGAGCUAAACGACCGCAGCGAGGACCUGGAAAAGCAGAUCAGCGGCCUGGAAUCCAAGCUGGAGCAGCUCAGCGCCAGCUUCAACUCCCUGCCCCUGCUGAUGGCCGACAUGCUGCGGCAGCAGCAGCAGCGCCUGCUCACCGCCGUGCUGGAGGCCCGGGGCGUCGGCGUGCCCGUGGGCACCCCCCAGACACCUCUCUCUGAGAGCCCCAUCGGGGUCAGCUCCACCUCCUUCCCCACCCCUUACACGAGCUCAAGCAGCUGCUAAAACACGGCCCCCGCCGUGGACAGGGGAAGCGUUUCCACACACAUCAUGAGGUCUCUGUGAACUUUCCUCUGGUCCUUGGACCGCUGCAGGACCCUUCAGCUGGAGCCAGUGGGACCAGCAGCGCCGAGCACCGCUCGGAGCUUUGCCAACGCCUUGGUAUGGGGAAUUGCAUCCCUGUUCAGGUGCCUCUACACGUGGUGAAGGAAGGGGACAGAAGGUGAUGCCUUGGGCCAGCCUGGGCCGUGGCGUCCGGUGGCAGACGGAAAACCCACGCUCAAUCUCAGGUCUUCACGUUUGAAAACAAAACGAAACAAAACAAAACAAAACACCAAGUCAGAAGCACUGAAGCAACGGAGACACCGGAGGGAGAGUUUUUCUCCCUGGGGCACCCCCCUGGCCCCCCUGCCCCUCUCACGAUUGCCAAACCUCGCCAGGCAGAUGCCAGUCUGGGGAGGUUUGUUAUGCAGGCUCUGGCUGACGCUGCCUAUGCUCCAUUCCAUCUCCUUGCCAGGACCCACAGGACAGCCCCCUCACUCCAAAGCUGGGUGACAAUGUCUGACUGUAACCUUCCUGUGGAGUUCCCUGGAGCUGUGAGUGUUUUCUACCCGGAGAAGAGCAAUGGACACUUCUUCUUUCUGGUCCUUAGUGUCAUAUUCUGCCUGGAGACACAUGCCAGAGCCAGGAAAGCAGUGCCUACAGCGUGCAGGGCCACGCAGGGCUGCCCCCAGCCAGUGUGUUGGUGGCCAGUGAUGGGGCUGGCAGGCCAGCUCGGGCACUGAGGGGCUCUCCAGGUGCUCACAUCACUGCCUGCUGGGAGCCUCCCAGCAUCUCGCAAAGCCAGUGGGCUCAUUGCAGCAGUCUCAGAAGUGCUGGAUGAACACCCCAUCAGCUCCAACUGUCUCCACUUGUGCUGGGAACACCCAUGCUUGAGCCCAGUUGGCAAUGUCGAGUCCACCAGGAUCAAGCAGGAGCUCACUGGCAAGUGAUGUGGUAGCAGGGGCAGGUGCUUCAUCUGUUUAAAACAAAGCCCAUGGCCUUCGUGCCGCUUCUGCUGGGUUUGGUGGAGGGCAGCAGCACUCUCUGGCACCGUCUUGGCAGAGGCACUGCUGCCCAUGCCUGCCAAAGUGCAGCACCUCAGACUCCAUUAUACUUUUUUGCUGGUGUUCAGCUUCCUGAGGUACCCGUGGCAUCACCUGGCUGCUUCUGGAACCAGCCACUUUCUGUUUUGCAUUCACCAUUUCUCUCUUUUUCUUCCCCAGUGUCAUGCUCUGGCUUUCCUGGAUCCUUGCAUGGAGCCAUGCCAGGCUCUGACUUUGGGGUUGGUGUUUGCUGCUUUCCAUGAAAACUCAGCAGAGAGUAUUUAUACAUUUUUAAACAGAUGAAGUAACUAUGUAAUCACUCUGCAAUAUUAAUUACACCUCACCCAGCAGUGUCAGUAAUUGUAAUCAGUCACUGUGCUACUCCAGGUAUACUCAGCCUGUAACGCUCUCCUUUGUAACUUUUUCCCUUCCAUAAAUAAUGCUGGAUUUUGUGCACACGUAGGGGUAGAGACACAGCACCCUCCUGCACCACCACCCCUACACCCCCAAUGCUGAAGAAUUCCCUUGCUGCCAGUGGUGUGAGGUGGUUUCACUCCUUGUGCCCUGCAGCUGGAGUUACACAGAAAAUAACCUGUAGUUAGUGAGGAGUACUGCCCGGACGCUGGCCCAAGGAGGAGGAGGAGGAGGAGGAAGAAGGCUGUAAGGCAACAGCAGGAGCACUGCAAAAUGAGAUCCCUGUGCUGCAGAGGUGUUGGUAGCAGGGGACAAGUACAAUCAUCCCUGUUUCCUUCAGGCAGGCCAGGUGCCCAUUGCUGCUGGUCCUUGGCCAGUGGGAGAUUCACAGCUGCUGGGAAAGAGCUGCUCUUCCAAGCUCUUGUAAUUACCACUGAUAUCCCACGGAUGGCUGGGGAUUCACUGCUGCCUUGGAAGCCCCCCAUGAUCUCCCUGUGUGCCUGUGGGUGCCCCCCUGUCCACCUUGCCCAGCAGAAGCUCCUUGCUGAUCUCUCUCAGGAGGUUUUCAGCAUAGCAAUGGAGAAUAUGUUAGAAAUUCUGAGAAACAGCCUGAAAUUCAGCAUUUUUCCCUGGCCUGCAGGCAGCUGGUGGAGAAAAAUGCUUUCUGGGCUUCAGAUAGGAGCAAACUGCCCAUGGAAUGGUGCUGUGCAUGGGAUGAGGUGUGAAGACGUGUCCUGGGGCAUCAGAGAGCCAGAGGAAGUAUUGAUUCUUAAGGAUCAAUAUUGCCAGCACAAAAUCAGUCUGGGAAAUCCAACCAAGUGAGACAAGUGCUGCCAGCUGCAGGCCCCAGGGCUGGAGGUGGUAAGGACCACAGUGAGAGAGCUGGGAUUGCAGCUGGAGCAAGAGAGCCUUGCUCUGGGGCAGAGCAGCUGCUGCUGCAGUGGGAUUUCGACAAGGCUGGGUCCCUGUGCACCCUAAACCUUCCUCCCUGGCCUCACCUCAGCACAACCUGCAGUGCAACAACCCUUCUGCCUGGGACCUGGCAGCCCAGGGUCUGCACCCUGCAUCCCACACACCCCCAGACCCCUAUCCCACCCCUGCACCAUUCCACACCCCUGAAUGCCCACCCUAAUCCCCAUAUCCCACCCCUUCACCCACUCCCCUGCCAGUUCUUCAGCACUGGUACCAGUAACCCUCACCCACUGCUCCCAGUGGACUCCACCGUGGCCAGCACUGCGACCAACCCCCUCCAGCCCUGCUGCCAGGACCCCAGAGCCCACCUGAGGCCACAGUGAGGGCAGGAAUGGUGAGGAGCCCCCAGGGCAGGGCAGCCCAGCAGAGCUGCUCCCUGAUGGCAGCUCUUGGUCACCAGCAGCCUCGGCUGGCACAGCUCCAGUGAAUGCUCCCCAGCCUGUCCUGUCCACACGCCUGAGAUGAUCACUUUGGGUACCCAAGGGACAUCAGGACAGAGAGAAGAGCCGAGAUCAGCAACCAAGGUGGAGGAACAGCACAAGAGGAAAAUCGCAGCGAUGCCGACCUCCUGCAAGCUGGGAAGCCUCUGAUCCCACAGUCCAAUGGGGCCAAUCCCCACUGCCCCUCCAGGACCCACCUGACCCAGCCAGUCCCAUUUUUGGCACAGUCUUGGGGGCUUUUUUUUGCUCCACGACUCUCCUUCCUGCUCCGCCUGCAAGGAACUAUCCUAGAAAUACCAGAAAAAUUCCACAAUCUCUCUGCAAACUCAUGGAUGUUUCUGUCCAGACUUAAGGAGCUUUGACCUGGGUUUGCAUCUUGCCUCUGUACUGCUCGCUUCUUUUUUAUUGAUAGGGGAAAGCAUAAUAGUUUAUUUUAACUAUGAAAUAUAUUGCUAUAUUAUGAUGGUUAUGGUAACUUUCAAUUAUGGUUUUGUACCCAACACGGUUGUUAGCAGGCAGCAACAGCAGGCUGCUGCCAAAAAUGUCUGUUUCUGAGUACAGCUACUACUGCCAGUGAGGAUGGGGGACAGGGAGAAGUGCAGAACCCGAGCUGUUAUCAUUUAUCCCCCUUGUACUCAUUUCCAGUACUUGGAAGCUGACCUCUAGCAGGUCUGGAUCUGUGUGUAGCCCAAUGGCACCAGAGCUUUGCAUGUUCCUACAGAAAGGUCAGGCUCCCCCUUUUUCCCAGGUUCUGGAAAGCCAUUUCCCCCAGGUUGUCUUCUCCAGCAGAAGGAGGGACUCUGCUCCAGGCACAAGCUCUGCAAGGGUCAAACUUCCUCUUUUCCUCCAGGAUGGAGGCUCUUGAGAAAGCAGUGCUGCAGAGCACAUUUUCAGAGAAUUAUGGAAUCAUUGAGGUUGGAAAGGUCCUCUAAGAACAUCAAGUCUAACUGUUAACCCAGCACCACCACCAAGCCCACCGCUAACCUACGUGCCCAAGUGCCACAUACACAAAAAAUCUUCUAAAAAAUCUUUACAAAUCUUCUAAAAAAUCUUCACACAUCUUCUAAAUUCCUCCAGGGAUGGGUACAGCACUACUGCCCUGGGCAGCCUGUACCAGAGCCCGACCACACAAGAAAUUUUGCCAAUAUCCAACCUAAACCUCCUUUGGCACAACUUUCAGGCAUUUUCUCCUGUCCUUUCACUGGUUACUUGGGAGAAGAGACUGGGACAUGUCCAGUUCACAUUUCACACCCUGCCCUGGGGAGCUGCAGCUUCUGCUCAACCUCAGGAUAUGAUGGCAUAGGAGGCCAAACCCCUGAGCAUGAAAGAGAAAUGAGAUGAGGUUGCAGGGAGUGUUUUGUCUCAGCCUUCCAGCUGGGAACAAGCUGCCCAGAGUUGUGUCUGCCCCAUCUCUGGAAGUGCUCAAGGCCAGGUUAGAUGGGGCUUGGAGUAACCUGGUCUAGUGGAAGGUGUCCCAGUCCAUGGCAUGGGAAAUGAGAUGAGCUUUAAGUCCCUUCCAACCCAAACUACUCUGAUUCCAUGAUUCUGUGAUUCUAUGGACUCCUGGAGCCUCAGAGAGCAUCACUUCCUUACCUCCAACUCCUGAGCUGCUGAACCUGAUCCCUACUGGAUCAUAAGUCUUAAACUGCUCUUUGGCAGCCACACUUUGUCCUGGCCAGUCUUCACAGAGCAUGACGUGUCUGGGAGUGAGCAGCACCUACAGAACCAAUUCCUGCUGCUUUUGUCCAGAGAAAGUCUAAAAGUCCCUGCACUGGCCCUUCCUGAUCAGAGCUGCUGUCACUGCCACUCUGCCACCGUUACCACUGUCAGAGCUGUGCUGGUGUCACCCUUCCAGGCCAGUCCAACCCAGCAGAACCCCAGCAGCAAUGAGCUGCCACGAGGUCUGGAUGCACCUUGCUGGACCCCAGACCUGAAAUCUCCCUGCAGAAACCAGCUCUGAUGGAGGAAAGAUGCUGGUUCUUCUGCGAGGCCAGGGCUGAGCCUCUGCUGCUGCCAGCUAGGUCUGGGGCUGCCAGGGGAUUCCUGGUCCUCUGCACCACUCUCCCUUGGGCUUCUGCUGCCCAGCAUCUCCCAGGCAGCCCAGAGCCCUGUGCCUUGGCCACCAGGUAUGUUUGGUGGGGGGCGAUGGUGGUGAUUGCUCAGCAGUUUGGGAAGAUUCUGCUGCCAGGAUCUGCACUGCUCUGAGCUUCUUCCCACCUAACUCCAAGCUCCCUCCUAAAAGGUAUCCAAAGGGUCCAAGGUUGUAGAGAAAAGAAUUUUGCAGGAGAGAGAGAAAAAGCUUCUCCAUGGUAUUAUCUCCCUAUGGGAUGAGCCACCUCAGAGUCCCAUGAGGCACCAGGCAGGGCUCCAGAACCACCUGCCCAGUGGGUGCUCUUGGCUGGGGGCCCUGGUGCUCUGUGCACCCAGCUCUGCUCCUUCUUCUGCCCAAAGUGUUCUUCCCCCCGCUGGGGUCUCAGCACUGCCCUUGCACCUUCCAGUGGGAGCUGCUUGCAUGUCUCUGUGGUCAGGAUCCAGUCCUGGGCUUACCUUCCUCCUUCAGGGCCGGUCUCUCAGCUGGAGGACAGGAGUGGGGGCUGGCCCGUAUGCCAACAGCCCAUCCCCACAGCAUUGCCAUAAACCCGAGCUGUACCCAGAAACAGGCAUGUUUUAAACUAUGGCUUUAACCUGUUCACUGUAAAAAGUGCCUUGGACUUUAAUCUGAAGAGGUCACUAUCUAGAAGUAUUUACCUGUGCGGGUGUGUAAGGAUGCAGCUC